CACACCGUGACUCAAGAAUCAACGCUUUCCUAAAACUAUCUUCUUGAUCGCUUCAACAAGACGUUCAAACAGGCUUCGACGCCUGUCUGCGACACCAUAAUCAUCAUUCAAUGAACAAUGCUUCCACCCAAUUCGUGUUCGGUACUCAAAGAAUAGUUGAAACCGCAGAUGAACUAGCGAAUCUUAUAGACGGACCGCCUAUCAAGGCAGGCAGGAAGCCUGAGGUACCCCGGUUUCAAUCUCGGAAUGAGCAGUCGCCCUAUGUAUCAGUGUUUGAAGAUAUUGCGAACCAGAUUUACGACUUUGAAUCAAAUCUUUUGAGCAAAGAGGAGGAGAACGCGCUCGUUGCUUUCCGAAGACUCGAAUACCCUUCAAGGUAUAUUCUUAUUCGACUUGGAUGUCGAAAACCCGGAUGGCAUACCCGGAGAUCUCUGAGCAAAUAUGUGUCAGAGGUUGGCGAAUGUGGCAUCAACAUUGCCGUUAAGGAACUGUGUAUGCCUGUGUCGGAAAUAAUCAAACAUAGCGACGGAGUGAGUGUGAAAGAGGAAGUGAAGGUGGAAGUGAAGAUGGAAGUGAAGGCGGAAAUGAAGACAGAAGUGGAUAUUCAAGGGGUAAAGGUGGAGCGUGAAGUAAUUGACUUGACAGAGGACUUGGAUGAUGAACCCAAGACUUGUCCCAGCUUGCACAUCCCUUCCUCGUCGCCGUCAGAACUCCGAAGUCUUUCAUAUCUCUGCGAAGACGAGGCUCACAUGACCCUCGAUGAAGCCCUUGCUAGGCUCUCAGUCGACGAAGUAAAAAGUCUAGUCAAGGACUGCAAAGUGAAGGCAAGAUUGAGCACGAAGGAUGGAUUGAUCCAAGCUCUGAAAAGGCAUGCUCACUCCCAAGGCAAUCUAUCCACAAUGAUGCGACCUCAUGCCAAGCAACGUUCACCUCGUCAAACACAGCUGAGUUUCUGUCCAGGUGCUUCGUCCUCGAUCACCCAGGAAGCGAGAUUACAGCACAUGGCGGUGCAGAAACUUGGAUCGUGUCUUCGAGUGAAUCCCGAAUUCCACAAUCUGCUUCAACGGCUUGACAUAAUCUUUUACCGCAGUACUUCGAUUCCCGAAACGGUCUUCCUCAAUUCCUUCCUCACAGUUUUUAAAAAACGUGUGUACCCUGCGGUCACUUCGGCACGCAGCACAAUCUGGCCCACACGGGAUGCAUACCUCGAUUACGAAGAAGGUCUCAAACUUCAAGCGAUCUUUGAUUCGAUUUUGGAGGAUACUAUCGUUAAACCUAAAGGAUCAAUUAUUCCCGUUGGUUCAAAUACUCAGUUCCGGAUGCCUACUUCUUCACAGACAAAGUUGGUCAAAGAGUCGAUCAAUGGCGCAGUCAAAAUGGAACAAGAUCGACAGGGGAACGAGGUUACGGUAAAACCGGAAUACGAUUUUGAGAUGGUAGAUCUGUCGACGAUCCUUGGUCCCGAAUUCCGGCUCGAAUUCGACGAAGACGAUCAGGACAGUCAGCCGAAGGCAAGCCUAGAAAAAUGUACGGCAGCGGCAAGGGUUGUUGCAAUCUACGACGCAGUUCUCAAAUCUAAGUGGGACUUCUGCAUUUCUGUUACAAAUGACAAGUUUGAAGAAAGCAGGGAACCAUCUUUACAGCGAUUCGAACAAGGCUAUGUCCUCGCUCGCCUUAUUUGGAAGGUGACGGAAGCCUAUGCUCUACUCCACAAAUACGAAAAAGAGCUCGAAGUCCUUCAAUCACUGUUGGCACAAAAGUUCUGGCGUCAAGCCAAACGAGGGAAGUGGUAUGAGAGGCGUGCACUGGUUCAAGAUCAUCACCUUCCGAAGUUGUAUAGGUCAAGGGCAGAGCGGAACGGAUGGAGCAAACAACAUCUGCUCGAUAAAACAUACAAUCUGUCAAUUGAGUUGAGAGAAGGCUUGUAUGAGGCCAUGGAGGAUACGGACACUCAUCGUGUAUAUCACAAGUCCCUAGUGAAACGCCUCACGAAAGUCGAAUCAAGAAUGAAGGUCUCUGUCGACGACCGACAUACCUAUGACGUCCAGCUGCAGGACGCAAAUGACAUUUGUGUCUUUGCGCAUAGGGCGCAAAAUGCCACAUGGACUGGCGAGAGAUCGGCACCAAGGUGGAAGGCCAGAGCAAAAGAGGGUAUCAUCACAAAUUGGCUGGUACGAGAUGGCUUCGCGUAUGCAUCUGAUGAGUCCGAGGAAGUUGAAGAGCCCGUUUUAAAGCCCCCCUCUGGAAAAUCCGUUUGGAAGACACUUGAUGGGUCGUCUACUUGCAAUGUUGAGACGCGCGCCCUUCAACAUUAUGCACAGGAGCAAUAUGGAGGAUUUCAAGGUUUUCAUUCAGAAACCUGCAUUCUCACCACUAUUUUUGGUCUACUGUUUUGGGAUAUUAUCUUCGCAGAUAUUCCUGGUGCCUUCGAAACUCCAUAUCAAAUUGCCCCUCUGGAUCUUGUAGAGGAUUCAUUCUAUUACGCUCGUAAGGAGUUGAUCAAAAGUCGAUUGAAGGAACUCAAGGACGGAGAUGCUCUCAAAAUCCUGGAUAGGCAUGAUAAACUUUACCGAGAAAGCAAGACAUGGUGUGUUGGUGUAAGAUGGGAUGUGUGCGGAAAGGACGAGUUAGCGGAAAUUGUUGAGUGCAUAGGUGGAGAAACUUUGGAGGUCAUUUGCGAACUUUUUUGCCAUGACUAUCCUGCUCGCGCAAGUGGUGUUCCCGAUCUCAUUUUAUGGAAACAUGAAGAACGCAAAUGCAAGUUCGUAGAGGUCAAAGGGCCGGGUGACAGAGCACGAGACAAUCAAACGCUCUGGUUCGAUACACUUCUUGGUGCAGGGUUGGAUGUUGACCUUUGCCGAGUGUUGGAGGAGAACACAAAGAAUGUCAACGCAGAAAAGGAGAAACGUGACCAACGUAUCGCAAGAGAAGAGAAGGCACGUAUAAAACAAGAAAAGACAGCAAAGGGGACGAAGCUAGAACAACGCAAAAGAAGAAAGGCCAAGAGAGAGGAAUUUUCGAGGACCUGAAAACGUGGAUAAACUCAACCCAUCCCCUCCUGUUACCAGAAUGAAGCGGCGUCGCUCCCUCGAGGAUGGUGAGGGCGAGAGAGACUCCGAGUCCCGUCCGUCCGUUCUAGCAACAUUACAAGACAAAAUCGCGUUUCCGGAAUGGUUUUCAGUGCCCAUCGUCGAUAUACCACAUGCGAAGAGGUUAAAGACUUGCGAAGGAGACUGAUAUUGACCCUAAUGAAUGUUGUAUUACUAUGAGCAUCCUUUAUUUAUCACUAACUUAAGCAUCUUGCAUCUUGUAAAGUUGGUGCACAUACGUCUGUAAACCUAGGCACCCGGUGCG